AUUUGAAGUUUUCCCUAUUUUCGUCGACUGAGAUAGUACCCGAAUCGCGGAUCCUGUACCACCACCAGCACCCCCCGGCCAGCGGUGGCUCGCCUUCGGGAUCCUUCGAGGCCUCGACGCUUCCGAAUCUCCACCCCCUCCCGGAUUUAAUGGAACGAAAGGACAAUAAAGAAAAUCAGAUUUAUGCCGCUGAUAUUGUAUCCAUAAGAGAAGCACAGCUCCGCAUUGCUCCAUAUAUCCAUAGAACUCCAGUUCUCACGUCGACAUCUCUUGAUUUCAUAGCCGGGAAACAAUUGUUUUUCAAGUGUGAAUGCUUCCAGAAGGGUGGGGCAUUCAAAAUUAGAGGUGCUUCCAAUGCUGUAUUCUCUCUUGAAGAUGGCCAAGCAGCUAAGGGAGUAGUAACUCAUAGCAGUGGUAACCAUGCUGCUGCAGUGUCCUUGGCUGCGAAACUACGUGGGAUCCCUGCUUACAUUGUAAUACCCAAAAAUGCACCAAAAUGCAAGGUUGAAAAUGUCAAGCGCUAUGGCGGACAGGUUAUAUGGAGUGAGGCCACUAUCCAAUCAAGAGAAACAGUGGCUAGAAAGGUUCAACAAGAAACUGGUGCUGUCCUUAUUCAUCCAUUUAAUGAUAAGAACAUUAUAAGUGGUCAGGGCACAAUUUCGCUAGAGCUGUUGGAGCAAGCCCCUGGAAUCGACACAAUAGUCGUACCAAUUAGUGGUGGUGGUUUAAUUUCUGGUGUGACAUUGGCUGCUAAGGCCCUGAAUCCUUCUAUCCGUGUUUUGGCUGCCGAACCAAAGGGUGCUGACGAUGCUGCUCGGUCCAAGGCAGAAGGUAGGAUCAUCACACUUCCCGAGACCGACACCAUCGCGGAUGGACUUCGUGCUUUUCUUGGAGAAUUGACAUGGCCAGUGGUGCGCGAUUUAGUGGACGAUAUCAUCACCGUCGACGAUGUGGAAAUAAUCGAGGCCAUGCGACUGUGCUACGAGAUUCUAAAAGUGGCUGUGGAGCCAAGCGGCGCCGUUGGUCUUGCUGCGGUUCUGUCCCAGAGAUUCAAACAGAGUGCCGCAUGGAACGAGAGCAGCAAAAUCGGGAUCAUUCUAUCUGGGGGCAAUGUUGAUCUUGGUGUUCUUUGGGAGUCAUUCCAUAGAUGAUAGCUCUUAUUCUUUUUGCAUCUAAUAUGUGUUGAUUUCACUUUACAGGACAUGUCAAAAGAAUGCCAUUAAUUAGAACUACAAAGUUGGGGCUCAUUUGGCCUACCUAUCGCUUUGCAUAAGUGAUGUUUCAGUAAAACUGUUUCAAGAAUUGCUGAUAGUUUUUUCUUCAAAAACUUAAAAACUUUGGGUGACACUAAA